AGAGUCGUAAGUUAACAGUUAUAGAACAAUAAUUGGAGUAAUGGAGUUCAUCAGUCUAGAGGGAAUAUUAUUGGGACAAAUAUUUAUUACUUAUGCAAAUUGCUUCAAUGUUGCGGAUAUGCAAUUCAUUGAUCCAAAUUAUGGACGAACGUGGAUGUUUAUUCCAGAUGAAAGUGGAAAUCCAAACUUCGUGAAUUUGGUUAAACCAAGAUCAAGCACAAGACAGGAAGUGAUGUUUGAUGAUCCAGACGAGAAAAUCUCAUUUUGGCUUUAUAAUAAAGACAACCCAACCGAGCCUCUUCUCCUAAAAGUUACAGGAAAUGGACACUUGGAAGAUUUCGCACUGCACAAAGCUUACGAUGGCAGCAAGCCAACAAAAUUCAUUAUCCAUGGAUGGAAAAAUAAUCUCAAUAAUGACAUCAUACAAGUGAUUAAGGAUGCUUAUUUGAAGGAGGAUUUGGACUACAAUAUUGUUGGUGUUGACUGGAGUGAAAUGGCUGGUGAUAAUAAUUAUCUUAGAUCUGCUUCAGCUACGAAGGAUGUUGGACGAAAUGUUGCAUGUGUCAUUAAUCACAUGGUGGUCAACAAUGGUGCUGAUUUGAAGAAUUUUCAUGUCAUUGGACAUAGCCUUGGAGCUCAUACCGCUGGAUAUGCUGGAUCAUUUGUUAAGUCAUUGAGGAAGGAUAAAGUCGAUAGGAUUACUGGAUUAGAUCCAGCAUACCCAGCUUUCCAUGACGCCUCAAAAACUUCUGAUGUAUUAGAUCCUAGUGAUGCUGAUUUCGUCGACGUUAUCCACACAUGCUCGGGGAUACUCGGUCACAAUGCAAAUCUAGGUCAUGCUGAUUUCUAUCCAAACGGAGGAAAAGCUAUGCAGCCAGGAUGUGAUAUUCGCUCAGACGUGUUUGGUGCAUGUUCACAUGGAAGGUCUUAUCGAUAUUUUGCUGAGAGCAUUACUACAAAAAAUGGAUUUAUGUCGAUGGAAUGUGGAUCGUGGGAUGAUUACAGCAGAAAGAUUUGCAACGAAGAUCCAAUUCCCAUGGGCGACUCUAUUCCUCGAACAGCCAAUGGUACUUAUUUUUUGGAAACUGCAUCUGGUCCAGAAUUUGCUAAAUAUACGAAAAUAUUUUAUUAAG